AUGAACGUCAUAUUAGCACAAGAAGAUGAUGGUGUGUUAAUACCUCAUAGAACUGUUCCGAAAGAACUCUUUGAGUAUACAGAUGAGGAAAAUGAGCAAAUGAAUCUAGAUGAUGCUCUUCAACUGAUUUUGGUUGAAUCUCUGGACCCUGUCAUGUGCAAUGUUGUUGUUAAUUGUACAAAUGCGAAGCAAACCUGGGAUACACUAGAAAUAAUAAACGAAGGCUCAGAAGAGGUUAGAGAUAACAAGAAAGAAAUACUGAUGGCUCAGUAUGAACAGUUUGGUUCCAAUCUUGGAGAAGGGAUUUCAGAAGUGGAAAGUAGAGAUCUAAAUGAGAUAUCUCUGAAAAAACUCUACGGAGUUCUAAAAACUUAUGAACUGGAACAAGUUUAG